UCCAAAGAGGAGAGUCAGCCCAGACAGCAGUGGGUCACAGGGAGAUGGGCAGAGGUGGGCCAGAGGGGGCGGGGGUGGCGCAGAGAACCGGAAGGGACAAGGACUUUGGGGUGUGUGAGGAAGAAGGGAUGGGAGUACCGAUGGGAGGAGACAGGACCUUCUGCUGAACCUGCGUGCUCAGCUCGGCCGUCCCAGGGCUGCAAGGUCAGUACUCAGACAGGUGAGCAAGGGAUUAAGCGCGCCCCCAACCCAACGCCCCUUGGGGAGGCUGCCCAGGGGGGAAGACAUAUGUUGGCCUUUAGAACCUUGAAAGACCCCAGCCCCAAACUGCCUCUGAUUCGGGAGGAACUGGUGGCACUUCCUACCUCUGUGGCAUGUAUCUGGAAAAUGGGGUAGUGAGUAACCUAUGUGGUGUUAUGGCGACAAAACGACCUACCAAUGAAUUCCUCUGUUCUACCGCCAAUACAGGAGCUUCAGCCGUGGCCACAUCCACCUCUAAUGCGCUUUUGCACGCUGCUCUCAGCGACUCCCCACACUCUCAAGGCCCAGCAAGGCGGCCACUGAGUACCUCCGAAAUUUCUCCCACUCCAGAUAGUAGGGAACACAGACCUAUGACUAUCACCACCUCCCCCCACUUGAAAUCCAUUUCUGAAACGUUGCUCAAAUCGCCAAUCAAUUCCAACACCUCAACAAUCCCCAUGUCCAAGUUUGUCUUCAAGGUGGAGACCACUCCACCUACCGUGAUUGUCUAUAUGGGCACGACAGAGUGCAUCAAUCCAACGAACCUGGUAAUCACUACCACUUACCCCACCACCACCUGCAUGACACAGACCCAAGUGUCCCUCAGCAGCUCUUACACCGCCACUCCUGUGACAGAGAAGCCACGGACAACCAUUACCAGUACUUAUCCCGUGACAACUACCAGGAGAGUCACUUCAGCCGUGACCAAUUCUCCCAGUACCACCGCUCCGGGGAAAUCUCCCACAACCAUGACCCCACCCCCUUCCUUUGUCCCAACAACCCACACAACUCUAGACACUCGGAUCUCCUCUGUGACUGGUACCACGCAAAGGGCCAUCCCUACCGCUGCAAGCACCCACGCAACCCAGUCUCCGACCCCAACGCUCGUGUCCACCUCUGCUCCUACCCCUUCUCUAACUACUAGGAAAACCUUGUUAACAGCACUCAGCACCCGUGGCACCUUGAUUACAACCAUCACUUCAUUUCCAGACGUGGUCAGUACCUUUCAGACAUCCACAGCUAUCACUCAAGCACCUACUUCAAAUGAUAUAUUAACAACGCCUACAACACAAGCUGUAUCUGUCGCCACAGAAGCAUCCACUGAACUAGGUACACGGAACACAACUCCUCUGAACACCAUGAGCUCCACGAAAGCGACACUUACUUCAGUGACUGACACUGUCAAAGAAACUCUCACCACCUCAAUUACUUCAGUUUCUCCAACUAUGUCUUCAAUCACUCCUACAAACGCAAUCACUCCUGCCACAUUUACCACAUCUAAAUCCAGCCCUGUGCCCACCAGCACUGAAUCACAAGUGAUAUCUACUACCAAGGGACCACUGUCCACCACUGUAUCCACUAUAGAAAUAGGAAAGACGAGCAACACAACCCCUCAUGCUUCAUCAACCAGGAAAGCCACAUUUAUUACAACCAGUGAUGUUAGUACAGAGUCUCAAACAACAGAGAUUACUGCUGCUCCACCAAUCACAAAUUCAGACACUCCCACAAAUACAGUCAAUUAUUCGACAUCCACCACUUCUACUUCAGUGACCACCAAUACCUCGACAACAGCCACCAAUAAGUCUGAGCUUUCUCUAUCUGCCCAGAGAGGAGAAAGAGUCCUGACUAAAACAACAAACACUACCUCACUAUCACCUUCGACUGCCACAAUCCCUACUGAGGCUACAUCUACCCUUCCAUUUACAACUAGUACUGUGACCAUGACCAAAACAGGAAUAAAACCUCUAACGGACACUUCAACACGUACCACCUCGAAAACAGCAGUAUUGACCAACGCCUCAACAACAAAAAUAACCAAGACUUGUACCACAAAUAUAGUAACAACACCCACAUCAGUAAUACCACAAAGUACACCAGACAUCACAUCUUCAACCAGUUUCUCUACAGGAAGAACAAUGACACCAACCAACACUGAGUCCACAUCCUUGAGUACCACUGCUUCAUUGACCCCCACCACUGAACUCAGCUCCACACUCGCUCUUUCCAGCACCUCACCCACCCACACAAAUAUCACCCCAUCUUCCCCUCCACCUUCCCCAACCACAGAGCCAGUCUCCACUUCGACCGCAAACACUAGCCCUAUGUCCACCCUGAUCACCACCAUCCCCACUACACACCCAACUUCCGGCCCUUCAACUCCCACUACUCCUCCCACCAGGUCCACAACAGAAAUCACCACUCCCACGCACACUGAAGCUCCUGUCACCUCGAUCACAAACACUUUUACCAUUCUAGCCUCAACCACAGAAGCAGCCCAGUCUGGGACCAAAAGCGUGGCAACAGCACGCACCUCAAUAACGGCUCUCAGUACUUCAAGUGUUUCUCCCUCAACACCUUUCCCUGAAUUGAUUACUUCUACUAGUGCAAUAAGUACCCCUUUUAGUACCAUCAUCUCGUCUUCAAUACCUGAAAUAACAAUAUCAUCUCUAUCGUCCAUCAGCACAAGUUCACCGGUCUCUAUGACAAGUAAGUCUUUUCCUACCUCCUCUCAUGUCUACAGUACAGACAUCACAGGGUCUUCUGUCACUGCUUUUCCUACUUUUUCCUCAUCUGAAACUGCAAGAACUUCUCUCACCACUUCUCCCCAAAAUGGCAGCAGUCGUCUUACCCAAACCACCACCAUGUUGACUCUUUCUUCCACUACCCAAUGUCCAGACUCAGUAUCGGUUACAAUAGUGUCUGCCUCUCCCACUACACCGUGUAUAGAAGCGGGUCCAAAUCCUGAAGUUACUUCUACGCCCACCAUCCCAUUAUCAGUUUUUACCUCUACUACUGAGAGGGCCACCUGUCCCAGUUCCACCACCAGGACAACUGUGUUCCCUGCAAAACCGGACACUUCUACUUCCGUUUUCGAAACUGACCCCGCUGACAUGACUGAUGUACCUAGUCCUGUCAGCACUGGAACCACCCCCAUUAACACGGAUUUCACGAGCACACAAAGACCCACCAGUGGCACCUGGAUCAGCACCAACUUUGUAACUACCCCACGUGUGCCCGGCUCCACUAGCCUCCCAGUGACCGUGAAACCAAGUGGCAGCUUUUCAACCACCGUGAUGACUUCAAGCAAGCGGACGCACUCCACCUCACCCAUCACCAGCACUCCAGGGAUACCAGCGGCUACCACCAAGACUCUCUCCACCCUUACGUCACCCAGGACAACUUUGACCACGACUCAGAUGACCACACAGUCUAGAUUGACCACCACCCCAGGCACUUGUGACAAUGGUGGCACCUGGAUGCAGAGCCACUGCUCCUGCCCCAGCACUUUCUCUGGCUCCCACUGUGAGUUUGCUGUGGGACACAUAGAUGUGGACAAAGUGGACGCUGAAGUGGGCAUGGAGGUUUCUGUCGACAAGAAGUUCUCCCCGGACCUCAAUGACAACACUUCUAAGGCCUAUAGGGAUUUCACGGACACCUUCCGGAAUCAGAUGAAGAAGGUUUACCAAAAUGUGGAGGGGUUCAAGGAGGUGGUGAUCCUUUCUCUGAGGAAUGGCAGCAUUGUUGUGGACUACCUGGUCCAGCUGAAGUUACCCUUCAGCCUCCAGCUGGAGAGCGAGUAUGAGAAGGUGAAAGUGGCCCUGAAGGAGGAGCUCCAGACUGUCAGCCAGAAUAGCAGCUGCGGGAAGGACCAGGUCUUGUGUUUUAAGCCUGACUCCAUCAAGGUGAACAACAGCACGAGGACGGAGCUAUCCCAGGAAGCCAUCUGUCGCCGCGUUGCUGCCGUGGGCUACGAGGAUUUCUACUUCCCCUUGCUGAAAGAGAACAAGCUCCAGUGUGUCACCAAAUGCACGGCGGGCGUGGACGGCGCCAUCGACUGUCGUCAGGGCCAGUGCGUUCUGCAGAGGAGCGGUCCUUAUUGCCGCUGCUUCUCCACGGACACGCACUGGUUCUCGGGCUCGCGCUGCGAGGUGACCGUCUCCUGGAGGGCGCUUGUCGGAGGCCUGGCGGGGACCGCGGCGCUGCUGCUGCUGCUGCUGCUGGGGGUGCUGAGCGUCUUCGUCGCGCGCUCGUGGAGGAGGCGCGGCCAAGGCGGAGGCCUGUCCUGGGACGACAGCAAGUGGUUCGAGACCUGUGAUGAGAGCACCGUGAAGACUUUUUCUAACUUGGGCUUCGAGAAUGACAGAACAAAUGAAAACUUCUAUGUGGCCUUGGAGAACGUGGACACUAAUAUGACGCUGCACUUCCACAAACCUGAGGUGAACUUGACCUCACUGUGAGCCCCACGCUGCCUUCUCCACGCUGCCACGGACAGUGCAGGGAACCAUCUGCACUGCCUCUGAAGAGAUGGCUGCGGACUCCUGCGGCUCAGUCUCCUGGUUUCCUUGGGCAGCAUCAGACUUCCCCCUGACCCCUAUCCUUCUCCCAACUUGUGUGAAACCCACCUGGAGACCCAGUUCAAAUCCAGGCUCUUCCACUCUGGGACCUUGGACAAGUCAGUCACUUCUCUGAACCUCGGUUUUGUCACCUGUAA